ACAGGUUAAAUUUCUGUGGCCCGCGGGGUGGAUCGUAUAGGCAGCUGGUUUCGGGUCGACACAAUGUGAAAUCGGACCCCCAGCUAUAAAGUCCCAACGGACUACAAUCAACUCUUUGUGGCCUAAAGAACGUAGAAUUCUUGGCCGACACAAAAGGGACAAUUCAGGUGACAGAAGCACUCCUUUUUUUAUUUCAUCGCAGCUUCGCGAGACAAAUAUAAUGUUUCCUUGGCGUCCUUUGAAAAAAAGAAAAUAGUUUGAGAAAAAAAAAAUCUAUAUGUGUUAAAAUCAAAUCCAGACUAUGUUUUCAAAAUUUCAAAUGUAGGUUCUCUAAAGGCAGAAUACAAGCCAUUAAUGCAAAUAAUAUGCAUCAAAGAGACUCGGUCGCUCUCACAUUUUUACAAGGGUGUGUUUGUAGUAAAAUAGCGGCAUAUCCAUACGUUGAAAGAGUAGCUGAGCCUUUUGAGCCAAGAAAAAAAUGGCAUUCGUAUGAGAAAUAAACUGUGAGCUGAUGCAUGCAACAUUAUUGUCUCUCUCGUUGAAAAUACAGCACCGCUUGAUAUGUCAAAAAGCGUUUAGAAUCAAAAUCUAUAUCUACAGCAUUACAUGUAAUACGUUAAUAGUUUAUCAUAGCUUUUACAAUUAAAGAGACCCUUAACAAAUACACUUACAGACUCUGUAGUUCAAAAGAUUGUCAACUCAUGAAUUCAAGCAAUAUUGAAGUUUGUGAGAACAUAAAUGGCUUCCGAGGUCAUAUCAUCUACAAAAUGCUUGUUUGCUAAACAUUCAUUUACAAAUUCUAAUGUUUGAUUGUAUUUGUUGUGCACCGUUACUGGAAGCUGUUGCUGUCUUCUUUCUUCAUAUCUGUUAUCACUGGUUAUCACUUGUUCUGUAUGACCGACUGUGUCCACAGCGAGUUAAAGGCUCCGGAGUCUAAAGUCCACCAAGGUGUUACCGUUUACAUUGUGCAAACAGAAAGGAAACAGAAAAUAAACAGCAACGAAAAGCGUGAACAUGCAAAGUAUUCACGCUAUGUGAAUGUAAAUGUUGUCAUUUGAAUUGAAAAUUCUUCUCCCCUUAUUAUCAUCCAUUAUUUACACCUCAUCUCUGACAACUGAAUCUUUUGAUUCAGUUGCACGUGCAUGUGCACAUGCAGGAAAGAUGCGUGCUGACCCUGAAUCCUCUUUCGUCUGACAGUUGCGCUGCAUGUGGAGGCCGCAUGUUGUUUAUAGAUACGGCUCAGUGGCCCGAAUUAAGCAGCCUGGAUGCAACUGGACUGCGCAACUGCACAAGUAAGAGGAUCAGACAAGAUUUAGCCACCCAGCAGUCAUCAGCAGCGCGGCUCUCACAGACGUGGUGCAUAGCAACAGGUCAGCCCGCCACGUUAGCGCUCAACGCGGACCAGGACCCGAGGCCCAAUCGGGCAGGAACAGGAACUAUCGUGCUUCCUCCCGCCCGCCCUACGGCCGAGCUUCUGGCAAAGCCGCCUGCGCCUGACCCUCCGGACUCACCACGCCAGUGUCCAUCAGGGAUCAUCAACGCGCUCUCGUGUUGAGAUCAAUGUCAUUUCAGAUGAGUUGCCCCCCACCACCCAAGUCACAAUAUCCCAACGUGAGGUGAGCAUGCUUCAUCAUGACGGCAUACAUCCUGGGGACUGCGUUUGCAUGGACAUUCAAGGGGAUACUGUGCACAUGCAGAUUUCUUUGGAUAUGCCCCUACAACGCAAUCCAAUUCUUGCCACGGGAAAGUCACAUCAUAGAGGACACAAACCGACAGCCGAAACAGGUUGUGGAAAGGGCACAUCCCUCAGCAUCUGAGGGUAAGGGGAUUGCAGCCAUACCAGGCAGCCCCGACCGUGCAACUGCCCUCCAUAAAAGACUGACCAAAACCGAGACGGACAUAUUGUCCCUCAAGACCAGGGUGGCCUGUGAGAGAGCAUCAUGGGACAGGAGGUUUGCAGAACUUCGAAGAAAACAGGAAGAACUACUUAAUCAGCUGGCCGCUCAGGCGGGAGAGUCGGUGAGAGUUGGCGGUGGCGGAGAGCACGAGUCGGAGUCAGGCGUGGACAACGGAGAACUGUUUGAGGACUGCUCAAGUGGUCUCUCAAGACCGAUGUACCAACACCGAGGGUCGGAGGUGUUGUCAAGCGGGGACGCUUGUGCAGGCAGCUUGUCAGAAAGCCAUUCAUCCUCAUCCCUGAGCUCCAGAGCUUCCUUCUCCUCAGCCACCAGAUGGUGGAGAACCUCUAAAGGGCCUCACCGGGUGUUUGUGCCCCAUUCCCCCAUGGACCUGGAGCUGGGUCACCGGGUCAGGGUCCUGCUGCCGUCCGGACGGAUCAGCACGGGAACGAUCCGUUUCCUGGGUCCCCUGCAGGGGGAGGCGGAUCUUCACCUCGGGGUGGAGCUCCAAACACCUGAUCACGAGUUGCACGAUGGCAGCCACCGGGGACGCAGCUACUUUGAAUGCAAGCCUGGCUGUGGUGCCUUUGUACCAUUCCACAAACUACUGAUGGCCUGGGAGUGACAGAAGUACAAACUGCUUUUGUAGAAAUGACAGACGGCUAAAGAGUACAGAACAGUAGUUACAAGCAUGUAUUUGAUCACUAAUAAACAAAUGAAUGUCUUUGUA